GCCCAGCAUUCAAAGCGGUGCCAACGUCAUCACUGCGCGUCGGUUGUUGAUUUUCGCCGCUGGAAAAAUUGACGCGACUUGAGAAGCUUAACUGAAACAUGUUUUUGCCAAGAGCCCUGAAAGUAAAGAGACCUGCCCAGGGACCACCAAGUCCUGCUCUAAAUAAGAAAAGCAAGGCUGAACAAGAGGACUCUGGCAAAAGUAGUCCGCAGGCACCUGCACAAAGGGAGGGAGCACGUCGUGAAGACACAAAAACACAGGAUGAAACAGAUGCGUGUUUGUCAGAAGAUGGAUCCAAGUCUUCCUCAGAAGACGUGGAAGAAGAGGAGCCAGUUAAAUCUUUCAAAAAGUGCCAGCGAUGGCCUGGGCCAGGAGAGCCAGUCUGUGUGAUGUGCGGCCGCUACGGGGAGUACAUUUGUGAUGCCACCGAUAACGAUGUUUGCAGCCUUGAAUGCAAAGCCAACCAUUUACAGAAAAUGGGGAAAGGAACUGGGGCAGAUGCAUUUCAUUUUAAGGAUGAUACAGCAGACAAAGGGACUCCUCAGCCUCAGCAUCAAGCUGCGCACACUGGUGGGAUAGGUGCAAACGAACCGCGCUAUUUCUACAGGGAAGACCCAUUCAUAUCAGGCCUGACUGAUGAGCAGGUGGAGCGGAUAAAACGGGAACUUGGCAUAAAAACAGAAGGUAAAGGUGUCAUGAGACCCAUUGUUGAAUUCGAACACUGUGGCUUUCCUUCUACGUUGAGCGGCAACCUGAAAAAGGCUGGUUACGAGGCACCCACACCGGUCCAAAUGCAGAUGGUGCCAAUUGGCCUCACAGGCACGGAUGUGAUUGCCAGCGCCGACACAGGAUCAGGGAAGACUGUAGCCUUUCUGCUGCCUGUGGUGGUGAGGGCACUGGAGAAACAAGCUUGUGGUGUGAGCAGCCCUGUGGCUCUGAUCUUGACCCCCACCAGGGAGCUGGCCAUUCAGAUAGAAAAACAGACCAAGGAGCUGGUGUUAGGACUCCCCAACAUGAGAACUGCUCUCCUUGUGGGGGGCAUGCCUCUCCCCCCACAGCUCCACCGCCUCAAGAGCAACAUCAAGAUCAUCAUAGCUACGCCGGGGCGACUCAUUGACAUCCUGAAGCAGAAAGCUGUGCAGCUUGAUAAAGUGAAGAUUGUGGUGGUUGAUGAGGUUGACACCAUGUUGAAGAUGGGCUUCCAGCAGCAAGUGCUUGAGGUUCUGGAACAGGUCCCCAAAGAUCGCCAGACUCUGCUGGCGUCGGCCACCAUCCCGACGGGGACGGAGGAGCUGGCUGCUCGAUUGGUCUGCGACCCCGUACGCAUCGUGGUUGGUGAAAAGAAUCAGCCCUGCGCCAACAUCAGGCAGAUCCUGCUGUGGGUAGAGGAACCCUCCAAGAAAAAGAAGCUGUUUGAGAUUCUCAAUGACAGCAAACUGUUCCAGCCUCCAGUUGUGGUGUUUGUCGACUGUAAACUGGGUGCUGACCUGCUUUGUGAGGCGGUUGCCAAGGUGACGGGCCUCACUGCUGUGGCAAUCCACUCUGACAAGAGCCAGAUGGAACGCAACCGUAUCCUCAAGGGUCUUCUGGAUGGACGGUUUGAAGUAGUGAUCAGCACAGGGGUCCUGGGCAGAGGACUUGACCUGGUCAACGUCAGAUUGGUGGUUAAUUUCGACAUGCCAAACACAAUGGAUGAGUAUGUUCACCAGGUGGGCAGAGCAGGAAGACUGGGACACAGGGGAACAGCCAUCACUUUUCUUAACAACAACAACAAAAGGCUUUUUCUAGGGGUGGUGAACAGAGUUAAACCCACUGGGUCCAUUCUGCCCCCUCAGCUCCUAAACUCACCCCACCUUCAUGAACAGCAGAGGAGGGAAAGACAGAAAAACAAGAGUGGAUCUGACGACACACCGGUGACCAAGAACAACCUCCUAGACAUCAUAAAGAAACAUGAUCGUCGCAAGAAGUAGACAGUUUUUCUAAAUAUUUUUACAGUGGUGUUUUUUGUUUUGUAAAUAAAUAAAUAAAAAGUUAAUAAAAUAUUUUAA